AUGACAAAACUUCUAGCACUCACCUUGCUUUGGACACUGGCUGCCCAGGCUCUGGCCAAAGCAGCUGUAAACACCAGCUCUUUCUUGCCAAUCCCCGAUAAGCCUCGGGUGUUUAUUCUUUCAGAUAUCUCAAAUGAGCCCGAUGAUCAAGAAUCAUUGACUCGGUACCUGCUCUAUGCCAAUCAGUUCCAGACAGAGGGAAUUUGCGCCGUAACUUCGACAUGGUUGACCGACGAAGUCCACCCGGAGGCAAUGCUAUCGGUUAUGAAUGCGUAUGGAAAUGUCACGGAUAAUCUCAACCGACACGCUCCUCCGGACUCCCCGUAUCCAUCGGGUGAUCAUAUUCGAAGUCUGUUACGCAAAGGUGCCGCAACAUACGGAAUGAAAGCAGUCGGAAAGGACAUUCCUCUCAGUGACGGAGGCAAGCUUCUACUCGAGCGCCUUCAAGUCGAAUCUGAUCAGCCUUUGUGGGUCCUGGCCUGGGGAGGUACGAAUGUUCUUGCUCAAGUUCUGUACAAAAUUCACGAAACACACUCCGAGUCUGAUGCAGCCUCCCUACGAGCCAAACUUCGCGUAUACGCCGUCUCCGAUCAAGAUGAUACAGGAGCCUGGAUGCGCCAACAAUACCCGGACAUUUUUUACAUUUCCUCAACCCAUGGCUGGAACCAGUACGGCCUGGCGGCAUGGAUCGGUAUUUCAGGCGAAAAUUAUUACGGUAUAGAUGAAGGUGGGCCAGACUUCUCCAGAGUCACUCACAAAUGGCUCCGCGACAAUAUCCAAGUUGGUCCGUAUGGCAAAACCGCGUACCCAGAGUAUCAGUUCAUCAUGGAGGGAGACACCCCGACUUUCUUGUACCUCAUCCAAAACGGGCUCGGAUUCCCCGAGAAUCCAGACUAUGGGUCUUGGGGAGGUCGCUAUCAAAAAGUCAACCCUUCCACUGUUUUAAACUUUAAUCAUUACAGUGAUGCGGCGGACCGAGUGCUGGGCCAGAAUAACGAGACCUAUACAUCCAGCCAAGCUACCAUCUGGAGGUGGCGCGAUGCUUUUCAAAAUGACUUCGCGGCGCGUAUGCAGUGGUCUCUACCUGCUAACAUUAGUCGGGCAAACCACCACCCGGUUAUCUCGAUCAACGGGAGUGCGGCGCUGACACCAUUGAAUCUGACUGUCGAGGCUGGGUCUACUGUCACAUUGAAUGCAGCGAGAACCGCAGAUCCAGAUGGGGAUCACCUUACCUUCCGCUGGUUUCAGUACAAGGAGCCCGGAACUAAUGACUGGAACGUUGCUGGUAAGGUUCCAGCAUUGAAUGUUAGUAUUGCCCAGGGCGGCAGACUCGCACAAGUCCAGGUCCCUACCGAGAAGGAGAGUUGCAAUGCUGAAGGUAUCAACCCGUCUGGAUGCUGGCUACUCCAUCUGAUACUUGAGGUUACGGAUAAUGGAUAUCAUCCGCUGACGAGUUACCGGCGCAUCUUGUUGCAAACAACGAACUUGACAGCCACAAUGUGA